AUGAAAACAAAAUUUAAAGAAGCUAAAGAGUGGUACUCUAAAAAUAAGAUUAAAGUUGAGACUAUGACUUAUAUCUUUCAAUCUUUGUUAUCAGUAGCAACAUUUAUAUUAAGUAUUAUAACUUUUGUUAAGACAUAAAAUACUCUUGAUCAAUCAAUUAAAAUUGUAGAUAAUUUCUAGCAGCCAUAUUUGAUUAAUUUUUCAAUAAAUAGCAGUCAGUGUGCAUAAUCUUUAUUUGAUGUUCCUUGGGAAGGCAUUCACUAUGGAUGCGAUUGCACUCAAUCAAAUAAUCCGAAUGUUAAAAAAUAAAUGUAUGGAGAUAGUUGCUGGAAUCUUCAUAUUAGUACAACAGACUGUAAACAAAUUAUGCCUAUUUUCAAGCAAAGGCAUAGUUUUUUCUUAUUUGCAUAAGAUGAUAAUAAAAAUGUUGUUGGAAUAUGUGCAUAAAGAGCUAGUGGUAAUAACUAGUUUUAUCAAAUUAUAGGUAGUUAAAAAGGGACAUGCUCUUAGUCACAAAAAACCUGCGGAAAUCCAAAUAAACCUGAAACAAUAAUAUGUGUUGCUUCAACAGAUCCUUGUCCUAUUUAUAGCUUUUAAAUAACUACUUCUAUUUAGCCUCAGCUAAGUGCUAAUGGUUGGAGUUUCAUCAAAAUUAACAAAAACCUUUACUUUUACUAUGAUUAAAAAGGUACUAGCGCUAAUGAUUUACCUAUUUCAUAAAUAGUAACGACUUCUGGACCAGGUCCUUGUAAAGAUAGUACUUAUUAGUAAACUAAAUAUGGAUAAGAGUACAUCUUAUAGAAUUGGAAUAGGCCUAGCUGCGAUACAGACACAUACUUUACAAAGUCAAGCCUAAGUAUUACUGAAAAGCAGUUGUACUAAUACAACUUAGAUUCUGAUUAAUUCUAAGAAAUAUCUAACCUAACUGGUUUUAAUCUAAAUACUUCACCAGAAAUAUACACUACUUAUUAUAAACCAUUUAUUCCUUGGGCUAUUUAAAAUAGAGACGAAGUUUACAAUUUGGUUAAUAUACUUUUAAAUAUUGAAUCUUUUUUAAAUAUAAUGAAAAUAGCUAUUAUUGUUCAUGGUCUUACUUUAGGAUAUAUUACUUUUUACGUUAAUAUGUAUUACAUCUUAGCUUUAAAUGCCUACAAAGAUCAGCCAAAUAAUUAAAAUUUUUUUAUUUUUAAACUAUGCAAAUCAGCUAGUAGCUUUUUGGUAAUGUCAGCAUCCAUGGCGAUAGCAAUAGUAGCUUUUAUAUAAUCAAUAAGCUACAAAAAGGCUCUUGAUGAAGUUUGUAGCAAUAGUCCUACAUUAGAUGUUUAUAUGCAAGACUUUUAGAAUCUUAGAGACUUUACAGAUAAUUAAAUAUUUAGAUAAAAUUUGACAACAAUAAUUACCACAACAGUGAAUAUCCUCAUCGAAGUCAUACCCUUAAUAGUAAGUUGCUUUUAAUGUAAAAAAACUGAAAAAAGUGAUAACAAAGUGAUUCCGUUAUAAUAAUAACCAAAUAUAUAUAAUUUAUUUGGGCAAACAGAUGUAAAUAAAGCCAUCUAAUAAAAACACCACCUAAACACUAAACAUUUUAUUCACAAAAAAAAAAAUGUUCCUGUUGUAAAAAGAUCACCCCUAGUAAACUCCAUCAGUGAAACCUAAGGAUAAAAUACUCCAUAAACAGGAAUGCAAAAUCAUACUUCUCAUGAUUUUAUACUGCAAUAAUAGUAAAUUAAAUUUAAUAAUUCUCCUGAUAUUUAACAAUUAAGAGUUGACAAUGCUUUUGUUGAAGUUAAUUCAAAAUUUAUUUAGUGA